GAAUAUAUAUAUUCCAAACCCUACUAGUUAGGCACCCAUUCUGAAAACCUCAUUCAUUUCAUGCUAAAGAGCUAAUAAAGUUAUUCUAAAAAUCAAAAUGACUCUUGAGAUUUCAGAAUGGUUCCAAAAUUCCAUACCCACCACAAUCUUCACCUUGUUUUUCACCUUCACACUUAUCUUCUCCAUCUUCUCAUUCCUUAUCUUCAUCUCAAGAAUGAAACUAUGGUGCAACUGCCACAUUUGUUGGAGCUACAUAACCAUGAAUUGGGCCAAAGAGUUUAUAAACCUUAGUGAUUGGUACACUCACCUCCUCAAAAAAUCACCAACUGGAACCAUCCACAUCCAUGUGCUCAACAACACCAUCACAUGCAACCCACAAAACAUAGAACACAUGCUCAAAACCCGUUUUGAUAACUACCCAAAAGGAAAACCAUUCUCUACAAUCCUUGGUGAUCUUCUUGGUAAUGGAAUAUUUAACGUUGACGGUGUUUCAUGGAACUUUCAACGUAAAAUGGCAAGUCUUGAACUCACAAGUGUAACGGUACGUUCCUACGCUUUAGAAAUUAUUAACGAAGAAAUUCACACGAGACUUGUUCCUUUUUUGUUUUCAUUUUCACGUGAUGAAAAAGUUUUUGAUUUACAAGACAUCAUGCGACGUUUUUCUUUUGACAACAUAUGCAAAUUUUCGUUUGGUUGGGAUCCACAAUGUCUUCAACUUUCUUUACCGGUGUCGGAUUUAGCUGCAGCGUUUGACACGGCUUCGAAGAUUUCAGCUCGACGUGCAUUGUCACCAUCACCGUUGAUAUGGAAAAUCAAACGGUUCUUCAAUAUUGGUUCAGAGAAGAAGCUUAAGGAAGCUAUCAACGUAGUGAACAAGUUAACGGAGAAAAUCAUAAAAAACCGUAAAGAAAUUGGUUUUUCAGCGAGAAAUGAUCUUCUUUCAAGGUUUAUGUGUUCGGUAAAUGAGGAAAAAUAUUUAAGAGACAUAGUUGCGAGUUUUUUAUUGGCUGGUCGCGACACGGUGGCAGCAGGGUUGACUUGUUUGUUUUGGUUGUUAUCGAAGAACCAAGAAGUGGAGGAAAAGAUUCAGGAGGAAGUGAACCGGGUAAUGAACCCGGCCCAUGAAUAUGCGAGUUUCAAAGAAAUUCGUGAAAUGCACUACUUAAACGCUGUUGUUUAUGAAACACUAAGACUUUUUCCGCCGGUUCAAUUUGACUCAAAAUUUGCAAAAAAUGAUGACGUGUUACCAGAUGGAAGUUACGUGACAAAAGGGAGUCGGGUGACCUAUCACCCGUAUGCAAUGGGUAGGAUGGAGCGGGUUUGGGGAUCCGAUUGUAGGGUGUUUAAACCGGAGAGGUGGUUGAAAGAUGGGGUUUUUGUGAGUGAGAGUAUGUUUAAGUAUCCGGUUUUUCAAGGUGGUGCUAGGGUUUGUUUGGGGAAGGAAUUGGCUUUAAUGGAAAUGAAAUGUGUUGUUGUUGGUUUGAUUAGAAGGUUUGAGAUUCGGGUUGAUGGAGAUAAUCAAGAGCUUAAAUUCGGGCCGGGUCUUACUGCCUCUUUGAAGGAUGGGUUGAUGGUUCGGGUAUUUCAAAAAUAAUAUCACAUGGAAGUUCUAAUUAUUAUCUAUCUAUCUAUCUAUUGAAAAUAAAUCAUGUAUCAUGUAGUAUAUUAGUCAUGUAAUGGUGUAAAUAAUCAAUCCCACAAUCAAAUUGAAAGUUCAUCUUUCUCUUUGUCGGUUGUUAGAUUUUUGA